AGUUCUUUUUUUUUCGGGAACAAGGGAAAGAAAGAACAAGAGAAGUUGUCAUACUGAAAUCUAACGAAGCAAAACAUGGCCUCAUCGCAGGAAUGGGUGCCUCCAAGCUUGGAGAGCAUCAUCAAGCGAUUGCAGGAAGAGUGCUACCCGAAGAGGAUCAGGCCUGCUGGUAAUAUUUUUGAAAAAAUAUGUGACAAGAGAUUGAUGCACGUCCUGUUGUUGUCCACGCAUGACAAAUUUCUUUUCGGAAUUCAUUCGAAAUAUCACAGAUUUCUUCAAGGACUACGACCACUCCAGAAAAUGCGAAAUCACGGAGAGUCAGUUCAUGAGGUAUGCGAUUACGAAUUUAGAUUUGUGUUUUGCUUAUGCUCGAUUUUGAUUUUGCAUGGCAAUGCCAAACGAACCACAAUGUUCUGCAUGACAGUCUGUCAGAGGGAAAUGCAAAACAAAAACUAUAUCAGGUGCAUGAAGCUGUUGAUGCCGACCUUGACGCCAAUCGACUGGGAGGUGCUGAUCGCCGCCUACAAACUGCCAUCCGGCUUGGUGCACUACAAGCCAUUGGUGGAUGAGGUAUGUCAUCAAGUAUGUUUUUUACAAAUAGAAAAACAUCUUCUUCACUGCAUGCUAAAGAAACCUUGCAUUUCAAUUUCUUGAACUCUUGCUUGAGAUGAAUUUCACUCGUAUAAUUACAGAUCGAGAAGAUCUUCACCACGGUUGGUCUGCACCAAAAAGACCCAACGACCUCGGUCCCGGCUGCGGGGUCUGGGAUGACGAAGCACGAGCUCCCACCUCUGGACGACUAUGCAUUGCAAAAGUAUGGUACUCGUAUAAAUGCAUGACAAAUUUUCUCAGUUUGAGAAAUAAAAUUUGUAAUGCGGAUUUACCUUGAGAAAGAGAUUUGUAAUGCAUGACUGCAAUUACUACGAGUGCGAUACUUUUGCAGAGGAUAACGACCGAAUGCACGCAAUUUUGUACAGGGUAUAGAAGAUGACAAAAGCCAACUUCAUCUGAUUUUCUUUUUUGAGCAUGACAAAGGCAUGGCCUGGUUAUGUUACUUAGUGUGUUGUUCAUCUUCACAAGCUUCAGCUUGGUUGAGCUUCAUUAAUAUACCCACAACGUUUUUUCCACCAGGUCGCCCUGCUUUCUCGCACACGCGCCGUCGUCUUUAAAUACGCUUUUGAAGACGCGGACAGGGGGCAGUCCACCUCGCUCUUGGUCCCCCGACGGGCGGGUAAGGUGACAGAAGCGCAGUUUCGCAGGUUUUUCCCCCUGUAUUGAGAGGAAAAAUCCCCCCUCCCCAUACCAAAAAGGGGCACUACUGAAAAUUUGUGAUGCUGAUUUGUGACCACAAAUCGUCCCUGUAUUGCAAGAGGGCAAAGCCAGAGAAUCAGCCGCGUGUCGCAGGGACUUUGUAAUGCUGUAUCGCCUACAGAGGAUAUGCCUGCCUUGCUAGGUGCCUACAGUCAAAUGCCCCUGCUCAGGCACUGCGUCUCCCUGCAGUCCUCUACUGCUAGACAGAUUGGAUUUGUGUACACAAAUCCCGCAUGACAGAUUUCGGCUUUGAUAUGGGGAGGGGGGAUUUUUCACUUUGAUACUCUGCAGAAGGACUUUUCGGACGAGGAAAUCACACUUCUGAUCCACCGAUUAUGGCGUUCUCAAACGUUACAUUAUGAACUGUUACAUGAUUUGUCAUGCAAAGUUCCAUUCAGAAUCGACAUGAUUAAGCUGCUUCGCAUGACAAAUUCCCGAAGGGCCAAACAGGCUGAUAAUCUGCGCCAAAUCUGUCAUGCAAAAGGCGCAAUCUUCCCCGCCCCUUUCAGUUUUGCCAUUCUUGCAGUACAGAUUCAUGUAACAGUUGAGAAUGUAACGCUUGAGAACCCCAUACCGAUACAGGGAUCCGGAGGGAAAUGUGAACUACAAAGCCUUGCACGACGAGGUUACGGACCCAACGGCGAUUGUCAAGGACCAGCCAGUGCCGACGUCAAGUAUAAUAAUCGUUUACUGUCCUCUUUAUGGGAUUCUCAAACGCUAACGACCUGUUGUAUCAUACAUGAUUUGUCCUCUUGCAGAAUCUUCACUAUCGUUGCAAAAUGAAAAUCUUUCAGAAUACAUCCCCCCACCGGAGCUUGCCUUGCAAAAGUGGAGCCAUGAGAAGUAUUCCAUUCUCGACCGGGUAACCGCAAAGAUGAUUGAGCUGCGAAUCAAGCCAAAUGACUACUUUCUGGACUUCGACCCAUUGAGAAAAGGGUUCUGCACCACCGGACAGCUGGACACUGUUUUUGGUAUAACUUCUAAUUUGACUUAAUAUGCAUGACAACGUGGUCCCGAAGAUCAUUUCGGACUGUUGCAUGAUAUACAAGUUGAGAUUUUUUUUAUAGUAAACGUAAUACCAAAACAGGUAUCCUCGGCCUGAAAUUCCUCCCGGCCGAGAUGCGAGAACUGAAGGACAUGUUAUCCUGUGCAAAAGUGUCGUACUCGUACUAAUUGCAGAUAUGCAAGACAAAUUCAACUUUCUACCUGAAACAGCAUGACAAAUUGCAUUUUUGUUCUUGGGAAAAUUUGUAAUGCAAUUUAUACUAGUACGAUAGUUUUGCAAUGCAUACAUGUUCUGCAGCGUCGAUUUGAACCUGGAAAUGUUCAACUACGCCGAGUUAUGGAUUGCAAACAUGUCCGGGUCUGGAAGGUUGCAACUUGUCAUGCUCUAUCCGAAGCAUGCAAAAAUUUGUGUUGCAUGAGUGCCAACAGCUGUCCACUUUGACUUUCGACCAUGUUGGGAGGGAGUUUCUGACGCUGGAUAGGCGCGACAGAGACCUCACAGAGUCUGUCAUGCUAGGUUCCGCAUUCCAGACCUCAUGGGUCAUGAAAAACCUGCAUGACAAGUUUACACUCUUCCAGACCCAGACGUAUUUGCAUUUGAUACGAGUUCUGCAAGCGAGUAAACAGUGCCUUCACGUACGACCAGGUCCACAAAGACCCAUUGGCGCAAGUCCAGGUACAAACGCAAUAAAUGCUGCUUGGGUGAAAAUAAUAUUUUUUUACUUGCAGAAGAUAUAAUAGUGCCGGCAUCGGUUUUCGUUCUACUCGUGCAGAAGUUGUGAUGCACUUCCUCGCGUAUGCGUUCUUUCAACGCAAUUUUGAAAUCCUCACAUCAGAUGCCCACUUCCGACUCCACCAUGCCGUGUAGAAGAUCGCGGGUCGAGCUCACUGACGUGGAGAAGGCAAAGAUCGCGGACAUCGAGUCGGGCGUGAGACUAAUGGUCGCCAAGAAGCG